AUGACCGAAUCAAACUUUGUGACCAUUACAGCUGGGCCAUACCAGUUCCUUGCCACUUUUGAGUCAGCAGCCCCUAAAACCGUCGAACUUUUUCGCACUUUGCUACCAUACAAGCAAAAAAUUAUUCAUGUACGAUGGAGUGGUGAAGGGAUGUGGAUCCCAUUAGGUGAAACCGACUUUGGAGUUCCUUUCGAGAACCACACUGCACAUCCCGCUGCUGGUCAGAUUCUUCUAUACCCUGGUGGCUUUUCUGAGACUGAGUUCCUAUUCUGCUAUGGAGGAGUUUCAUUUGCAAGCAAAAUGGGCUCAUUAGCGGCCAAUCAUUUCUUGACUAUUGUUGAGGGAAAUGAGAAUCUACGUGCUCUUGGAGAGCUGGUCUUGUGGAAAGGGGCUCAAGAUGUUUUGUUUGAACUAGCUGAUGAGGAAAGAUCUGGAUGGCGAGAUGCUAAUGAAUUUUAG